AUGCAGAAGAAUUUGUUCGCAAAUGGCACACACUCAAUUACACAUGUAGAUCUAUCUAUCUAUCUAUCUAUCUAUCUAUCUAUCUAUCUAUGUAGUCGUCCAUCAUUCUUCCUUUCCAUUUAUUUCUAUUUGACUUGUUUAUCUCAUUCUCACUUUCCGUCUUGCUUGUCUUUAUCCCACCUCUUCUCUUCGUAUUUUUCUUGCUCCUAUUUCUUCUCAUUUUAUUUUUCUUCAUUUUUUUCCCACUUUCUCUCUGUUUCAAUUUAUCGAUGUUCUUUCUCUUUCAUCUCUUUCUUUCGAUUUAUAAAUUUAGCUUCGUAUAACACAAGGGCAAAUGGAGUUUGUCAUUCAAUUUAUUCACUAUAUUUUUCUCUUUUCCUUAUUUACAUCUUCCACUUUUUCAAUAUAUUCUACUCUUUUUCUUAUUUACUCCUUAACAUUUUACACUAUAUUCUUUUCUUUUUCUUUCUUUCUUUUUCACUAUUAUUUUUUUAUUUUCCUCCAUUACUCCUUCCUUUUUUCAUUAUAUUCUUUUCUCUUCAUUUUUAUUUCUUCCGCUUUUUCAUUAUAUUUUUCUUUUUUUUUCUCAUUCUCUUUUUUUUCACUUUGUUCUUCUCUUUUCCUUCAUUAACCCUCCCCUUUUUUCCUAUAUUCUUCUCUUUCUCUUCUUUACUCUCUCAGGAGCAUAAAGAACAGAAAGAGAAUAAUAUCCGUUUGUUCCCCCCCCCCCCGCUUUUAAUUCUCUUUAUACUUAAUACUUACUAA